CACCCCCAGUCUCAUCUACAGUAUACGACACUGCCCCGCCCAUCAACAACUGUCGCAGGCCGGAACUCCCGGCUUCUCGCCGAGUCGUCUUCAUCGGCUCACUCUCGGCAUGUCCCCCGCGCAGCAGCACCCCGGCGCCGCCAACGGGCUACCACGGCCCUCGAAGCGCCGCAGGACCGAUCACGGGAGGCCGCGUAGCGUCUUGCCGCCCAGCGACACCAAUGGGGCGCAAGCCGUUGAGCGCGAUGACGAGGAUGCCUCUCCGGCGGCACGGCCAAGGCGCGCGCCCAUGGCGUGUCGCGUGUGUCGAGCUCGCAAGGUCAAGUGCUCCAACGAGAGGCCGACGUGCGCCGGCUGCGCCCGACUGGGCUGCGAAUGCGUGUAUCCGAAGCUUCCAAGAUACGCGGCGGACGAGUCUCCGGAGCAAUCAAGUCUGCAAGUCACGCAGCUUCUGCAGGAGAUUCUGAAGCGCCUGCCAUGGACGACGGCCCCGUCAGGCGUUGACGAUCAACAGGCUUGUGCUCUCCAUGCUCUGCAAAGCCGACUCGCAGUCCAUGUCUAACACCUCAACUGGCAGGCCACUGCACCUCAACCCUCACUGAGCCGAUGCGCCGGCAUAGCAGAGCCCAUCACAUACGACGCCUCCGGCAGGUCCUUCUCUACGCAAAGAUGCCCCAGCCCCGUUCCGGGCGACUCCGUGGUAGGCGUGUCGCCGGCAUUCACGAGCCUGGACCACAUGUUUCAGUGGCCGUUGCUGUCCGUCAACGGAGGUCAUCGGUUUAUGCCAGGCAACAUACUCGCCGCCGACCACCUGCAGCCACCUGCCCAAGCCGGCAGCCCCAGCACCGGCGUGCCGUUGCUGGACGGGGAAGAAAUCACGGCGCUGCUCACGAGGUUCUUGAGGCUUGUGCAUGUCAUGAACCCGGUACUGGAUUGCACCACGCUCAUGACGUAUGGCCGGGCCGUCGCGGAGCUGGGCCCGCAAUGGGACGCAAAGACGUGCCUCGUGUUGCUUGCCGCCGCUCUGGGUGCCAUCGCCAGGCCGUUCGGCCCCGGCGCCGAGACGCCAGCGUCGCUCGGGGACUCGAUGUCGCAGCACGAGGACACGCAGGCGCGGCAAAAGGCCGAGUCAUACUACCAGUACGCCAAGCGGCGGUUCGGCGUCCUCGGACGGAGCCUGACGGCGUGCCAGUGCCACUUCCUGUCGGGCACGUACCUGCUGCACACGCUUCGUCCAGUCGAGGCCUGGCAGUCCAUGUUCCAGGCAUCGUCUCUCUACACGGUGUACCUCAAGAGCCGCGCGGCGGCGCAGAUGGUCGGCGACGGGCACUGCCAUGAGGACGCGCUGGUGGGGGACACGCAUUGUACUGACGAGGAGUUGAGGUGCUGCCUCGAGCAGCGGCUGUUCUGGAGCUGCAUCAAGGCGGAGAGCGAACUGUGUGCCGAAGUCGAGCUGCCCAGGUCCGGCCUGCACAGCAUCGACUACCCCUACCAGUUCCCGUCGCCGCCGACGCCAAAGAGCGUCGACGGCCUCAACGACAGCGAACCCCCAUCCAUGCCGGGGUCCUCGACCAGGACCGGGACCGCCAACUCGAGUCCCGGGGGCGUGGGCGCGACGCAAGACUUCAAGGAGCUGCACGAGCACUCUUGGUUCUACUACCUCUCCGAGAUAUCGCUCCUCCGGCUCUCCAGCCGCGUCAACCACGCCUUCUACGUCGAGCCGCCCGCGUCGUGGGCCAGGAUGAACCUGCUCACCAUGAUGACCACGGCCUGGGACUUUGAAGCCCAGCUCCGCCAGUGGCAAGCCGGUCUGCCGGCGGCGAUUUGCUGCUUCGACGUCCCCGACCGCGCCGCCGCCGCCUCCUCCACCACCACCACCGUCACGAGGCUGCAGCUGGCGACGUGGUCGCGCUGCGCGAGCAUCAAGCUGCGCCUCUACCGGCCAUUCCUCUACCGCUUCGCCCUGAUGCACGAGCAGGACUGGCCGCUGCGGGACGCGCUCCGGGCGCUGGCCGAGCGGGCGGUGCGGUUGAGCCUCGACGCGCUCUUCUCGGUCGGGCUGCGCCACCGGCACGCGGGCGCGUGGUUCAAGUGCCGCGAGACGGCGGCGCGGGCGCUCGUCAUCGUCUGCGCGACGAGGAUCGGCCUGGUGGAGGAGAUGGGCUGCGCCGGGCGGGCGAGGGACGCGUUGGACUUGUGCCUGGCGCAUCUGCGGUACUGGGAGGGGGAGGCUGGGGAUGUGCGCCUGGCUCGACGGACGCUGCAGGACCAUGUGUUGACGAGUUGACAAUGGCGGAUGCUGCUGCUAGGGCGAGGGGGCGACAGGCCACAGUCGUUGUUCAUGUUACUCCAGCGGUGAUGCGAGCCAUCAAUGUGCCCGGUCUCGUUGGCGGGGUUGAACGUGAUACAGUCCAAGCUCGUCAUACGUGGAUAUAAGUAGUAGAUAAAUACAUACGAAG